GAGAGGGGGAUGGCGAGGGCGAGAUAGAGGUGACUGGCAAGGAUGAGUAUGGAGUAUACGAGGCUUUGGACAACUUCUUCAUGAACACCUGGGCCUGUGAAAAGCUAGACGCAGGUGAUGACACAGAAGAUACCAAAAUCCCGUUCUGCUCCGCCCAGUAUCGCUGGCCAGGAUUUUCCGUGAAGGGAGACGACGGCCUGAACAACCAGGGUCUCAUGACCAUGAGGCUCAUAGACUUCAUGUGCGGAACCCUGAGCUGGACCUUGGCAGUUGUGAAUGGCGGAAACGUGGGCGAGAAUCGGGACGUCCGAGAGACGCAACUGAUCUUCAAG